AUGCUCCUCUCAAGACCACCUCCAGGUAUGGACGACAGGAAGACCGCCAUCGGUCUCCGGCUCCCCAUUGUCGUCUCGGGCAGAGGGUACCCAGGCAGGGGAGUACGGUGUGUCUACAUACGCACAGACCAACCAAAGAUAUCUGGGACGGUGUCAAUCUCUGAUGAUGUCACCCGAAGAAUCUUCUCUGUUACCAUGACUGAUCUGCAGCCAGAGGACUCUGGGUAUUACUGGUGUGCUGUGGAGACUACAGGAAGAGAUCAACAUACAUACUUGCACCUGUCAGUUACCACAGGUACUCCAGGACUCUAUGUGGACCAACAGGAGGUGACUGGAGUUGAAGGAGGGAGUGUCACUGUCUGUUGUCACUAUAGUAACACUGUGGCUAAGAAGUGGUUGUGGUGUAAGAUGGGUCUCUACUAUGUCCCCUUGGUGGGAAGAUAUUCAGGUCUUUUAGAUGGAACAUCAGUGACAUCACAGCAGACCAUUGAUAACAACAACAGACACAUUUUAACAGUGACUCUGAAUGGAUUGAAUAUGGGGGAUACUGGCUGGUACUGGUGUUCCACAGGUGACCUACAGAUGCCUGUUCACAUCACUGUCAAUCAACUGACCACAACACAGAGUAUCACACCUGCCUCCACCACCACCCCUACCCCCACUUCCACCAUCACCAUCUCCAUC